GCCAAGGGCGGCGCCUGCCUGCGCGACGACGGCGCCGGGUCCCACCCGCCCAGGGAAGCGGGACACCUGGCAGAGGAUACCAUCCGGUCUCCAUAGUAACCGAUUAGCCGCCACGAGCGUUUCCUGCAUUAUGUUCCCGUGGCGUAUAGGGCAGUUGUCCUCCAGGCAGAUGAGGCGGCUCCCUGGCGCCGUGGGACGCCGAAGCAGACAGCCCGGAGAGGCGGCUCCCCGACGCUCAUGGGCUCCAAAGGGAAAGGUUGGAGGGCAGCUUACGUGAGGAGAAGCAGCAGAGGCACCUUCAAGCGCCGCAGUCCUUUGUGUGGACUGACGAGGGAGGCAGACCUCGGGGCGAGACCAGCGCCACCCACCCCCAACUCCCGCCACUCUCCAGGGCCAAAGAGAAAGCCCGGGGCUCUUGUGUUGGGGGGGCGAUGGAGGUGCACCUCGGGGUACAGCUGCCCUUCCUCACCUGACCCCAGCCUUCCCUUCCAGCGCCAAAGGGCUUGCUCUGGUGGCUGCACAGCAGUCUGCCUCCAGCUGGGGCUCAUUUGUGCAGUGGAUGAUGGAGGCGCACCUCGGAGCACCGCCAUCAUUCGCUGCAACUCCUCACCCUCGCCAGAGGGCAGUGGGUCACUACUAUGGCAAGGGGACAAACUGAUUUGUUCCUACAUACCCUUUCUGGCAUUAUUUGGGCCAGGCAACAGCAGCACAGCAAAUCAAUAAACUAAAAUCUCCCAAAUGCCCCAGUGGUACUACAGUUAAAAUCAGAGCCUUCUGGGCUGCUUUCAACUAAAAGUGAAAAUGUGAAAGAUUUGAGAGAUGAUUGGAGCUUCUGUCAUCUUGUGUUGCUUGGCCCUCUGUUGUUUAUGUAUGUGAAUAUGUCCUCCUCUUUUGAUGCUCCAACACCUGCAGCAACAUGGAGAUUUAUGAAGAGUGGGCCUUUAGCAGUCCUAACUGAAACUACCUGGGCAGCACAGGCCGUUCACCAGGACAACCAGGGCAGUUUCAUUCACCAAACCACUCUUGAAGCCACACUAACAUGGAUCAAGAUAAUCAGUAUCAUCCAGCACUCCAUGGACCUGUGUUGCCACCACCCACUUGAUCAUCUUGCCCAAGAAUGGUAUAUUAGAGACUGGUCAAGCUGGGAACUUCCAGACUUGAGAGAAGGACGUGUAAAAGCCAUCAGUGACUCUGAUGGAGUGAGCUAUCCCUGGUAUGGGAACACCACAGAAACAGUUACCUUGAUUGGCCCCACCAAAAGGGUCUCCAGGUUCUCAGUUAGUAUGAAUGACAAUUUCUACCCUAGUGUGACAUGGGCUGUUCCAGUGAGUGACAGCAAUGUGCCACUAUUAACCAGGAUCAAACGGGACCAAAGCUUUACUACAUGGCUAGUAGCCAUGAAUAUGACCACCAAGGAAAAAAUUAUCUUGCAGACUAUAAAAUGGAGGAUGCGAGUGGACAUUGAGGUUGAUCCCAUGCAGCUCUUAGGCAAGCGAGCCCGGCUGGUGGGGAGGACUCAACAGGAGCAGCCAAAAGUUUUGAGCAGAAUGGAACCCAUCCCACCAAAUGCACUUGUGAAACCCAAUGCCAAUGAUGCCCAGGUCCUAAUGUGGAGACCCAAGAGAGGACUGCCUUUGGUAGUGAUACCACCCAAAUAAAGGACAUACUUGACUGUACGAGGGCUUUUGCCACCACUCUUGUGGAUAACUGAGCUAAAGAAGACCUCUGUGUUCACCUGCCUUUUGCAACUGCAAAUGAGAAGAGGGCUUCUUUAAGACAGUGUUAGGUGGCAAUGGCCAGUGCUGUGCCACAGUAGAAUAGCUCUGGACUUCGGAAGAAGAAUUUCUCUCCGUGUGUGAAAAGAGAUGUUCUUAUCUUCACAGUGAGACACAAUGAUCAAGCAUUUGAUUUCCAGUGCCUGUGGCUAUUGCUGCUUCCCAGCCUACUAGAUGUCGUUAUGGAGGCCAUUCUUACCAGACAUUCAUGGACUUUCAGUAUGUUGCCUGCUCUCUGGGUUAGGACAGGAAGAGAUGGCAUAUUUUCACAUGAUACCUAUGCAUUUUUGAUUGAUAAUCAAAGUUAUCACCUGCUCAUUGGAAUGAAGAAAAUGUUUACAGAAGGGGAAUGCUAAUGCUGUCUUGCUAAGUUUUGCUCUUGUAGAAAGAGCUGUUCUAUUCAGAGGAAACUGUCCAUGGUGCUGAACUAAAGCACAACUUGAACAACCAAUAAUCUCAUCCACUCUCCCUCUUUCUGGGGAUAAUUUAUUCAGACUAAUGGAGUUAGGACCUUUUGCAUGUUUCUCAGCGUGUUUCAAGUAGUUGUAAGUGGAGGAGUUCUGCCAUAGUUUUCUAUGCUCUGGGUGAAUGCAAGGUCAAUCAACUGGCUACACCUAUUUUUUUAAAAAGCACCACAUACCGCCCCCAACUCAAGAACAAUUCAUCUGUGUUUCAAAAGAAGGUCUGCGCAUAGUACAUUUGUACAGCUAAGGGGGAAAGGUUUAUAUUUGGCAUGCUGGAAGAUGAUCUGAAAAGGCCUAGGUACAACAUUGCUCAGUGCUGAAAAGAAUUUAUAACCAUCUUGGUAGUGUUGCUUCUGCCACAGGAGGAUUCAGACUGUCAUUAAUCAAGGAAAAGGGGGAAUUUUAGAAACCCAGCUUGUCUCCAUAUCCUCCCUGUGUGUGGCAUCUUUGCUCAUGGGUGGGGAAAAGAGGCAGGAAAAGACAGGGAGGACAAGAGCAAAAGCAUUGUCUUGUUACAUGGACACUCAGAACUGGACAAAAAACUCAAAAAGUUAGAUACCACCCAUAGGCUAUUUAUUUUAUUUAUUAUACAGUAGGGCCCCACUCAUACAGCGGGUUACGUUCCGGAUCCCCGCUGUAAAGCGGAUCCCAUUGACUUACAUUGACCAAAAUGGCUCCCGGCGGCAAAAAACCGCUGUAAAAGCGGAACAAGCACUGUAAAGCGGGGCCUUUCUACAAUUCACAACCGCUGUAUUAGUGGAACGCUGUAAAGCGAAGCGCUGUAAAGCGGGGCCCUACUGUAUUGCUGCCCUGGGCUCCUACUGGGAGGAAGGGCGGGAUAUAAAUCAAAUAAUAAAUAAAUAAAGAAUAUAUUUAUAUCCCAUCCUUCCUCCAAGAAACAUAGGGUGAUGUAGAUGUCUCCCACAUUUUAUUCUCAUAACCACCAUGUGAGGUAGGUUAGGCUGAGAGCAUGUGAGUGAUCCAAGCACACCCAGUGAACUUCAUGGCUGAGUUGUACCUGGAUAUCUCCAGUCCUUUUCCAACAUUCUAUAUGAGCAUCCCUGACUUAGAGGGAAAUUGAUAUUGCCCUUUUUGCAUCUUGAAUGUAGCUUUAAAAAGUAUUUUUAGAUCUCCCCAUAUUUUGAGGAGGAAUUUAUGAUCAUAUGUAGGGUAAUGAAAAUUGGAAAAUAAUGGGAGCUUACCUUCUCUUGCAUCUUCUUGAGUGAUUGCCAGAACCUCAGAUUGGUAGCAUCUUUGCUUAUUGUGGUGAUGGUGCCAUAAUAGGAAAAGGGAGCAUACCUGUGGAGUUUAGCUCAUGUGAUAUCUCUAGAUACAUGCUGUCAGCUUGUUUCUCUUUCCAUGCUGUUGUUGACCCUUAAUCAAGACCCAUUUUGGAAAGGAUGGAGAAGGAACAUAGUGCAGUUGACUGUAGUUCCAAGAUUUGCUUUUUGACCCUCCAGUAGUGUGAACUGAGCUUUAGAAGGCUUGUGAGCAAAAAUGAUACUGUAUAAAACAGUGUAGAAGGUCAAAACUACUGCUGUGAACUUUCAGAAUAAUGUGGGGCAUAGCACUUUUAAUAGGGGCUGCUGUAAGAAUGUGUAGGUGAGAAAUGAACAGUAGAUGGAGGUUUUUGUUGUGACUUUUAAUAAACUGCUGGUUGCAGAAUCCAUAAUAGCACACCAUGUGUGGCAUUCUUGUGAAUUCCCACAAGAAUUCUACAAGUAGUCAGCUGGUAGCAUUAAGAAUUGUCAUUCUUGUGAGCAGAGAUUGGCACUUCUAAAGGGAAUGAUGCAUUUCCCAUUGGGUUAUUCAUCACCUUUUCCCAUAUCUCUUUAGAGAUAUGAUGCUUUAAUGUAAUUUAUUUCCACAUCUCUCUUCAUUUUUGCCAUCCUCAUUCCAUGUUGUUGAUAUCCUUCUUAAACUGUGAUGUCUAGUGAGGUAUGAUCAAAGCAGAAUACUCCAGCUGAGACCUGACCAAAACAGAAUAGUGUGAUGCCAUUACUCCUCAUAAUCUGGACAUUAUACUCCUGUGGAUGUAACUUAGAAUUGCCUUAGCUUUUUAGCAGCCACACCAUGCUGCUGAGUCAUGUUUAAGUACUAAAACCCUAGAUCCUUUUUAUGUGUCCUGCUGUCAAACCAGGUAUCACCCAUCCUGUAUUUGUGUACCUGAAUUUGCCUACCUUAAUGCAGAACUUUAUUUUUAUCUCUGCUGAAUCAUUUUGUUAGUUUUGGUUGUUAGUUUUGUCCCAAAUCCUGUCAAUAUCAUAUAGAAUCCUGUUUCUGUUUUCUCAGUAUUACCUAUCCUUCUAAGUUUGGUGGCAUCUGGAAAUUUGAUGAGCAGAUGUUGAAGGACACUGAAUCCAGGGGAGAACCCCGCAACACACCACUUCUCACUUCUUUUUAGGAUGAUGACCCUCUGAAAAGCGCUAUUUGGGAACAGUUCACCAAGAACCUACAAAUCCACCUAACAGGAGUAUUGUCUGGCCCACAUUUUACCAGCCUUGCCAACAUGAAUAUCAUGGGGGACCUUGUUGAAAACCUUGCUGGAAUUUUAAGAUAUCCUAUGCCCACAUCCCUGAUGUAUCAAGCCAGUAAUUCUUACCCAAAAGAAGGAGAUAAGAGUAGCUUGGCAUGAUUUGUUCUUGAAAAAUCCAUGCUAGCUAUUUCUGCUUUUAACCACUGUGCUUUUGACUGAUGGCUUAAUGAUCUGUUCUAGCAUCUUUCCAGUUAUCGAUGUCAUGCAAACUGGUCAGUGAUUGCCUGGAUCCUCUUGCUGUCUCCAUCUUCAAAGGGGGGGGAUUUGCCCAGUCACCCACUUUACCUGUUCUCCAAGAAUUCUUAAAAAUUACAGAGGCUCUGAGAUUAUAUCUAUAAUGCAAUUCACCUGGCCCUGAAGACUUGAAUUCAUUUAGAGCAACUGUGUUCCAGUACCACAUCUUUACGUCUUGAGAUGUAACUCCAUUCCUUCAUUAUUUUAUCUUAUUUUUGUCAGGUUGAGCAGUUUCUCUUUUGGGAGAAGACUGAGGUAGUUGAGCAGUCCCACCUUCUCCCUGUCUCCUACUGACAUUUUCCCAUACAAUUCACCUACUAUUUUCUUCUUCCUCUUGCUCCAAAUGUAGCCAAAGCAUCCCUUUUUGUUAUUUUUAACAUCUCUCACAAGCCUCAGUUCAUUCUGAGCUUUAUUGUGACAUUCUCCCCGCUAGCUUUGGCUACUUGUUUGUACCUUCUCAUUUGUACUCAUCCGUGGCCCAUACUUUCAUUUCUGAUAUAUGUCCCUUUUAAACUUGUUACUUGAGCUCAUCGAAAAGUUCCUUAUGCAGCUAUUCCAUUUUCUUUAUCUUAGUACUGAGAUUCCUUGUUUUAAAAUUAAAUAGAAAAUGAAUGGGGAUGAUAUUUGGGUGGUUAGUGACCAAAGCCUUCCUGCCUAGUUUGCCCAGAUUCCAAAUACCUGUGCCUUUGGCUGGGAGUAACUGCUCUUUCCAUUACCUUAGCAAUCCAGUGACUAUGUUAGAAGCCCAAAUGCUCUGGAAGAGUAGCACAAACUUCCUGGGAAUGUUCUGGCCAAAGAAUUAUGUAAUGACUUUCAAAAGACUGAAUAGAGAGUUUCCUUAUUUUCUGCAGUUUCUUUUUAAUUUUACUUUUGUGGGACAGCUAGUGUAGUUGUCAGGCUAUUUUUCUGGCAAAAUAUUUUAGGAACUCAUUCAAAAUUAAUGAUCUUAAUUCUGGGUAAAGGAAAAGGAGAGAAACAGUGAUGUUUAGUGUGGAACAUCCCACCCCAAAUACUUUAAAUGUUGAUACUUGAACAUCUAACCUAAAGUUAAGGACAGCCAAGCUGAUCAGGUGCUGGAGCAACUUCACUAUGAGGAAGGGUUACAACAUUUGGGGCUUUUUAGAUUAAAAACAGACACGAGGGCCAUGAUAGAGAUGCAUAAAAUUAUGUGUGGUGUGGAGAAAUUGAGGACAAGUUCUGUUUUGAGUGAUGGCCUAAGCAGUACCGAGGAAAGGCUUCAGUGGAACCCUUCACAGCACCAUGAGGAGCUCAGGCUGGAGACACAAUAAACAGAAGUUGUUUCAGCAAUAGUCAUCCUCAGACUAAACUUUAAAUAGGAUCAUCAGCUCUAUUUCAUUUUCCAGCAUCAUCUCCAGUGAAAGGAGCCUCUUCAUUUAAAAGGACCCAGCUUGCUUUAGCAGUUGUUGACUCAGAUGGAGUUGGAAGACUGGUAUCCUUAGGGCUUCUGAGCUGGAGUCCUCUUAAGUCAGAGGAGAGCAAUAUAAUGUCUUCAGUAGAGAGGUCCUGGCACAAACAGAUCCUCUUUCAUAGUUCCUUCUCCCACUUCAAAACUCUGGCCUAAUCCCAUGGAGAUACUCAUAAUAUUAGAAUCCAAGGUCCAUCCAAUUAAGCUGAAUAGUGUGAGAUUCAGAACACACAAUAGGUAGUACUACUUCAGCACACAGUUAAAUUGUGGAAUUCUGUGGGCUUCUCAUAGACAUCUGGCUGAAGACCAGUUGCUGGGAAUCAUGAGUCUGGGGAAUGCUGUUGCCUUCGUGUUCCGCUUUGGGGCUUCCAAUAGGCAUCUGACUGGCUGCUGUGGAAAAAGAAUGCUGGAUUAAAUGAGCCUUUAAUCUGAUCCAGGGAAGCUGCUGUUAUGUGGCCUAUUUGAUGUAUUAUAGAAAGUCAUUUGGACAGAGGUGUACAGGCACCCAGGCUCUACUUUCUAAAUAUAACGUACCUACUGACUCCCUCUAUUUUAAAGCUUGUUGUUACAUGGUCCUGACACCUAGGCAUGAGCUGAAUAACUUAGUCAGAAUGCUACUUCCGGAUAGUUGUUUCUUUUUGAAGUUGACCAACAAUCUGUUAAGAGCAGUGUUAAAAGCCAUAUGUGAGAAACGAAAAGCUAUCCCCAUUGAGGAUUGACUGGACAACCAAUCUCCAAGCCGGAAACACAAGUUAGCAAACAUGUCUUGAUGGCAGCAAAAUAGAGAUUUGAUUUGAGGACUGAUACUGACAUGUCCCAUUACUUAGGUUUGGAAAAAUGUAUAUAAAAAAAGGUUGAACCACAUCUGAGAAGUAUGGCAAGUGGUGUUGCGUGCAGUAGACAAUUCCAUUUGCCAUGACAAGUGUAGUGCCACCUUCUGACAUGAUGGCCAGCCUUCCUCCAGGCUUGAACAUGCAGAGGUGGGUAGAGAUCAGCCUGCCAGUUUCACAAUCCCCACCACUUCCAAAGUUGAGAAGAAAGUUAGGGAUUGUUUGGCAGCUGUGUGACCAAAGCUCCCUAGAGAGCCUUGUCUGCCUACUGGGGGCUUUUCUGGAAAGGAGGGGUGCUAAAGUGGCUGCCAACAAUUUUGGCUUGGCCAGCAAGAGUAGUCAAAAAUGGUAGACCCCACUUACUGAUACCAGUUCAUAUUGCAACUUUGACUUGAUUUGAAGCUGUUUUAUUGUUUGAGUUAGCUGAAGUGUGUGUGUGUGUGUGUGUUUAUUUUAAGAACCAUGUUGCUCAAGUGAAGUUAAAUCAGUGGCGGUCAAGAAGUCACCUUUUGUGCACAUCGCAUGACCUCAUUGGUGUGAGAGAUGAUGCUUCACAGGCCCAACUUAAGGUGUAGAGGAAAAUCUCAUUACGUAGGGUAAGAAGAAUGGAUGCAAGAUGGUAAAGGUUUAUUGUAUGGACUAAUAUUAUGGAUACGAAGUAUAGCUCUUCCAGUACAGUAAAUACUGUAGCGAGUCUGUGUUGGAGGGUGGGGUACCUCUGUGAGGGAGUGCAUAUGUUUUCUUGAGCAGAGCCCACUGGCUAAUUUCAGGCCCAAAUCAAAACUGGUCCUGCAUACCAGGGAAACCCAUGAGACUGUUUUAAUUCCCUUGGCUCACUGCAUAGGGAUUUAUUUUUCAUUGUUGAUACUAAAUGGACGCAAGCUAUAUUGUAAUGUGCUAAGAGGUUUGAUGAAAUGUUUGGCAAUGACUGGUUAAGAUACAGGAACAGUGGGCAAUCAGAAAGUUCUCUGACUACCGCUGGAUAAGCUGUUCUGAUCCUGGGCAGAUAGGCAGACGAUCCUAGGAAAGGAGAACAUGUAGAAAUGGGGACGGGGGUGUCUAGGACAGUAAGGCUGGAAAGUGUUCAAGGAGAAUGAAGAGAAGGUAAGAGACUAAAAUUACAUGGCCCUCUUUAUUGGCCCCUAGACUUCUGUUGUAAAAGACUGCAUGAGACAUGAUUUGGCAGAAAUUGGGAUGACUUGAGGGGGAUUUCAUCAUGGCUUCCUGCUUUUCCCCAUAUAACAAAAUACGGGGAAGGAAAACCAGAAGAGACAAAUGUACAUGGCCAACAGUCAAAAAAGAGAUGAGGGUUGAAAUUCACAUAUUGAUUUGAAAUAACCAACUAAAUCUUCAGCUGCAGGCAUCAGCAUCUUGUAUGUCUACUAACGUAAAGAGUAUACAAGGCUUUCAGUUAAACAGUGCCUCUUCUGAAUUCUCAACUGUGCAUAGGACAAAGUUAUUUCUUGGAAGAGGGGUUUAACACUAUACAAUGGCUAAGAUUUUGAUGUUAAGAUUGUGUGGGCUAGGAAUUUAAAUAGACAUAAAAUAUUGGCUUCAACUUUUAUAUACUCGCCUUGUUUGCAUAUACCUUUAAAUCCUAAUUAAACAAACUAUGGUUUAAAGAUAAAUGCUCAGCAUGCUGGUGGACACUAUUGAAAUUAUGGCUGUUUUGUGCCUCCCCCACUGUUGUGCUGCUGAGUGCUAAGCCAUAGUUUAGCAUUACAUCUGAAACUGGGCUUGUAAUUUAUUUCCCCUAAACAAAGCAUGAGUAAGUCAAGAACAACCCUUGAUUAAAAUUUGUGGUUUGUUUGGAGAGAAACAAACCAUAAACCCAGUUUUGGUUGUAACACUAAGCCAAACUAUGGCUUAGCUUCUGUCUAUGUGGAAACAUGAGUGGAGGAGGAAAAGCAAAGCAUCGGCAAUUUCAGCAGUGUGCACCAGCAUGCGUGCGUUCACCUUUACGCCAUAGUUUGGUUUAGGCCAAUGAAUCUGUGGCUUUUGAGUUUGAUGAUUAAGCCACUAUCUGUUAUCUACCUUAAGAGACUAAAACUAUGGCUGAGAAUGAGUUCUGCUCUGCCUGAUAAGAUUUGUUCACAUCGUUCAGCAACAGGCGUUGGCAUAAUAAAAAAUGCUGCCUUUACGGUUUCAACUUUCUUCUUGGGGGCUGACAUAACAGCAGCGGUGCUUGUGGCCCUGGCAGUUCUUGCUUUCCUCACUUCUUCAGGCUAUCUUGGAACAUCUUAUUCCAGCCCUACCACUCUAAUUGUUCCCUGUACUAAAUGUGUGCAAUCUUAUCAGUUAACCACGUACUCUUUUGAAACGGUUCCUCCUUUUAAGGCAGUCUUCCCCAACAUGGUUCUCCUGAUGUUUUGGACCACAACAUCAGCCCCAGCCAGCAAGGCCAAUAGUCAGGAUGACAAGAGGAGUUGCAGACUAAAAUAUCUGAGGGGACCAGCUUAGGGAAGGCUGUCUAAAGAGUCCGGCAUAUUCUCAGGGACAAACAUAGUGCCAGUUCACAGAAUGGGAACUCAUAAACUUUCUCCACCUGUGGAGCUAGACUUAAAGUUUCUCCAGUGUCUGACUCCCUUUUCUGUGAGUCCAAUUCCACAUCUCUGCCUGUACACUGCUGAGCUCUAGCCUAGUGGAGAUGGCUGCAUGGGAUUCACAUCCCAAAGACUCAUCUUACAGCAGGCUAGACUCUUGGUCUUGUAAAUACUGGAGUCAUUUUUAUGGAGUUUAACUUCCCAUCAUGGGAUCUCAGGAGUACAGCAGCCUCUCAUUGAUCACAGAACUAUGUGGUAGGAUCUCUGAAGAAGAACCCCUUGCCCUUUUUACAGGAAAGCCUCAUCCCUGCCAGACUUGGUAUCACCCAGAGAAAGCAGCCCUCCCAAACUCUGUUCAGUGUAGCUCCACACCAAAUGCUGUGCUUGUGUUAAUGUCCUGCAUCAGGGAAGCAAGCAUUCACUGUGCUCUGGAUUGUAACAUGAACUGUUUUAAACUGAAGGCUAUGUUACUUAUUCAACGUCUUUAUUUGAUCUGUUUGUUUUAAUUGAGUUUUCCCCAUUUGCGGACACACUCAUCCUACCUCAAGCAAGGUCCUGAGUACAAAAGAUCUGUGCAGUGAACAUGGGAUGUUUGUAUUGAAACAUGCAGCUAUAGUAGGGAGGGGGGAUGGUUUUCUCACAUAUGCUGCUUAUUGUUGCAAGCUUCCACCUUGUUUUUCAUUCUCCUUUUGCAACAGAAUUGGGAGCUAUGAACAGAACUUCUCUUAAACCCGGUGAGGGAGGGGAUGGAAAAGAAUUUAUCUGUUUUCUUCAGUGUGAGAUUCUCCUUCUUUCCUAGCUGCUGCUUCUCUGUUCAGAUCUCUCCGACAUUCUCUUUUCUCCCUUUGUGUGUGUGUGUGUGUGUGAGUAUGUAUAUGUUUUAAACUCCUGCAGUAUUAGAUGUUGCCAUUUCCAGAGAUACUGAUGGGAGCAGGAGCAUGUGGAAGUCACUUUGGAGAGAAAAAUCAGGUAUUCUGCUGUUUGGGAAGGAAGGAAGGAAGGAAGGAAGGAAGGAAGGAAGGAAGGAAGGAAGGAAGGAAGGGGAAAGUUGGCUCUGCAGAGUGCCUUAAAACAACACUGACUUUUAUCGGAGAGGGAGGGGUAUUGCUCUUCAUCUCUGGGUUUUACAAAGGCUCAAUCAAUGUUGCAUCCCACU